AGGACAACUCCUACAAAGCAAUCUUCACCAUACUAACGCCACACAUCGCUUGCAAUCAAUCAUAUUCACAUCGUUAAAUUCAAUCAUCAUGCCUCGCGGAGCCGAAUUCGACAACAAGAUCCCCCAGAGCGAUAACGCCAUCGACGCAGGCCCAACAAAGGUCCACGGCACAAACCCAGCUCAUGCGGAUCUGAGCCACACGCAGCAUGUCGCAGACCUCCCUGAAAUUAUGGGUGGGAAUGGAAUCCUCAGCGGUGGCGGCAGUAGUGGACAUCAGAGUGGGAAGGGGGGCCAUGAGCCCAAGAGUUUAGGCGAACAGAAGGGGCUGGGUGCGCACAAGGCCUGACUUAUAUGUUGAGUAAUUGGGGUUUCUUUUCUAAGAAUGGACUAUCAGCUUUGAUGAAUAAAUGAAUUGUACACUGACGGCGG